CUCCAGUCCCUCUUAUUAGGCAGAGGUCCCCGCUGCCAUCACAAGUCUAUGCUUUCAAACCGGUCCGGUGGCAAACUCUCCACGACAAAGACAAACAAGGGAGACGAGUCGUCAGCGAACGGAUCCAGAUGACCUCUUUCUCUUGCAGCUCCCUCAGUCAAAACUCAGAUACAAUGCAAUGCCGUGUUGUGAGCUGCCAAGCCACAGCCUGCACUGAUUCCCAAAGCUGAGGUUAAGCAGAUAAAUGUAUAUGAUUAAUUAGAUAACAACAGUGCUGAUCUUCAUAUUACUCAGGAAUACUCACUAAGUUUUGUCUAACAGCUUCAAAAGUGUUCAAACAUGGCCACCGCUACCAUGAUGGAAGUGGCAGACAUCAUCGUUGUGGCAGCCUACUUCAUCCUGGUGCUAGCGAUCGGCUUCCUUGCCAUGUGGAAAGCCAACCGUAGCACAGUGAGCGGCUACUUCCUCGCAGGCCGCUCCAUGAACUGGGCAGCUGUAGGAGCUUCUCUGUUUGUCAGCAACAUAGGAAGUGAGCAUUUUAUUGGGCUUGCUGGAUCCGGUGCUGCUAGUGGGUUCAGUGUGGCUGCGUGGGAAUUCAACGCCUUAUUGUUGCUCCAGUUGUUAGGCUGGAUAUUUAUCCCUGUCUAUAUUCAGUCCGGAGUUUACACUAUGCCAGAAUACCUGUCCAAGCGGUACGGAGGUAGGCGACUGAAGGUGUACUUUGCGAUGUUAUCUCUCAUCCUGUACAUCUUCACCAAGCUGUCCGUGGACCUUUAUUCCGGAGCCUUGUUCAUCAAGGAAUCUUUAGGGUGGAACCUCUUUCUGUCAAUCAUCCUGCUCAUCACCAUGACUGCUCUGCUGACAGUCACUGGUGGACUCGUUGCCGUCAUCUACACAGACACAGUCCAGGCAUUCCUCAUGAUCGCCGGAGCUCUCUGUCUCACAGGCAUCAGCCUCUUCAAAGUGGGCGGACUUGAAGGGGUGAGGAUCAAGUACAUGCAGGCCAAUCCAAACACCACUGCCAUCCAGCUGUCUUCACCCAACCUGACGUUCUCUGAAUCCUGCCACCACCACCUCAGCCCAAAGCCAGACGCACUGAAGAUCCUUCGAGGCCCACGGGAUCCAGACCUGCCUUGGCCUGGUUUUUUGCUGGGCCAGACUCCUGCCUCUAUUUGGUACUGGUGUGCAGAUCAAGUGAUUGUGCAGAGGGUUCUGGCAGCAAAGAACAUCGCCCAUGCCAAAGGUUCGACCCUCAUGGCUGGCUUCCUGAAAAUCCUGCCUAUGUUCAUCAUUGUCAUCCCAGGGAUGAUUUCCAGGAUCCUAUUUGCUGAUGAGCUGGCGUGUAUCAGUCGAGAGCACUGCAUGGAAGUGUGCGGCUCUGUGGCCGGCUGUAGCAACGUGGCUUAUCCACGGCUCGUCAUGUCAGUGAUGCCUGUCGGCCUCCGCGGUCUAAUGAUGGCUGUCAUGAUCGCAGCUCUAAUGAGCGACUUGGACUCCAUCUUCAACUCAGCAAGCACCAUAUUCACGCUAGACAUUUACAAGAUGCUACGGAAGCAGGUGUCAUCCAGAGAGCUGGUGAUAGUUGGCAGGCUGUUUGUGGUUUUUAUGGUGAUCAUCAGCAUUGCCUGGGUGCCGGUCAUCAUUGAGAUGCAGGGAGGCCAAAUGUUCUAUUACAUCCAAGAGGUAUCAGAUUAUCUGACUCCACCCAUUGCUGCUCUGUUCCUGCUCGGUGUCCUCUGGCAUCGCUGCAACGAGACAGGUGCCUUUUGGGGUGGGAUGGUCGGGUUUGCACUUGGGGCACUGCGUCUGGUGCUGGCGUUCGUUUACCGUGAACCACACUGCAGCGAGCCUGACGAGCGGCCAUCUUUCAUCAAAGAUGUCCAUUUCAUGUAUGUGGCAGCCAUCUUAUUUUGGGUGUCAGCUUUGGUGGCUGUCGUUGUGAGUCUCUGCACUCCUCCCCCCAGCAAAGAACAAAUUACAACAACUACUCUUUGGGGGUUAAACAAGAGAAAAAGGCUAAAACAGCAAACUGAGCAAGACAUCAAUACUUUGAAGCCUCUUAACCAUGAAACCGUAAGUGGACAAAGUGUGCUUGGUAAAGAAAAGUUUCAGGACCACCCAAACAAUCUCAGUGGCAUUGAGGCCAAUCAUGAAAAUGCUCAACCAAGCAAUGAUCGUGCUAUCACAGCCACUAACACAGAAACGCACCAUCUAGUCGAAAAUGGUGGCUAUGCAAAGAGUACUGAUCCUAAAAUGGUAGAAGAGGGAGAAGGGAGAGGAGUUGGAGAAGGAGAGGAGGAAGAGGAGGGCUGCUUUGGAGGAGGUGCAGUGGAGGGUGGGAGGUGUAUCAAGCUUUUAGAGUGGUUCUGUGGCUUCCAGGAGAAAUCGUCCAAAGCUCAGGUCAUUACAGUUCAGGAACAGGAGAAGAUUGUGGAUGAGCUUCUCUAUGAACCUCCGCGAACCAGAAUCAUCCUGAACACAGGACUGGUGGUGAUUUGCUCUGUGGGGAUAUUUCUCUUUAUCUAUUUCUCCGUAUAGGCUCCGUUAAUUCCAAGCUGUGGGCACGUUUGUCCAUAACCCACAAGCAGUGAGUGGUUUUCAGGUAAGCUGUCCUUUUUUUCCCCUCAGCUUUUCUUAUGCAGAACCAUUGUGGCACACCCUUUCCCUUCCACUUCAUCCACGUUAGUAAACACAUCACCAUUCCAUUGCUAGGCCUAGACCAUCCACAUGCAACCCACGACUGGCUAACAAGGCGUCCACUUAGGUGGAAGUAACCAGAGGGGUGUUGGUAUGGGUCCAGUGCUUUGCAUAUCAGCUGCUGGUCAGCCUGUGAUGCUUCACAACCAAAGAGAGUGUGUUAUGACUUGAGUUGCUGCUUCACAGAUCUGUUAGGGUGGAGUCUUCAGGAGACUGUUGUUAAAUUACAGCACUUCUUUUUAUACAAAAACAUACUGUGGAUUUUUUUUCCCCUUUAACCUACACAACAAAAAAAUCAUGUUACAUAUGUUCUUGUCUUUAUGUAUUUUCAAAUAUAUGACAUACUGUGUGUGAAACAGUUCAAAUCUGAAUCUACUGUGACGUGUGUUUUUUUGUUGUGUACAGAUGCGAUAACAUAUUCUUGAAUUUGUCCCCAUGGGGAUGUUUUCAUGAUAUGGAAAUUCAUAGUGAAUGUGAAAUUAUAAUAAUGCAGUGACUUUGCCUUAAUUGUCAUUUUACUGGAAAUGUAUAACUUAUCCUUUUAUGUUUUCUUUUUUCCUUGUAUUUGAGAGGGCAGCAAAGAGAGCACACCCUUAUUUAACCUCAUACACAUGAAACAUGCUUUAUGUGCCAGUGCUGAGACAAACUGUGUGCUGUUUUUUCAACACUUUGUAGACUUCAAAUCGUGUCUUCCAAUGGUUUAAAGUUUUUAUGAGAAUAAUUGUGAAUUAUGAUGUUAUUAUGUUCAUUUUUAAGAAAUGAAGUUAAGCCUGAUAAUAGAUUUGAAUAAAUCAGAACCCAUUAUGUGCAAGAGAAACUGAUUAAGUUGAGCCAAAUAACUUGACUGGCAUUUCUGAAUGUGGCUAUUGUGUAUUUUCUCAGGAAUAAUCAGAGAUGCCAGUUCUCAGUUGUUUUCCUGCGUUUGACUGUAGUGAAUUUUUACACCAUCUGUUUUGCACAGUAAAAACUAAGCGAUCGAACAAUCGA